UCUCCGAGCCGGAGUUGAGCUGAGGUCCGUGGGACCGGAGCGGGCGCCGGAGCUGAGGAGGCCGGGCCAGGGCAGGAGCCGCAGCCGGCGGCGGGGGAGCAGCAGCAAUGGCGGCAACGGCCAUAUUCCGGGCGGCGGCGGCGGCUCCCGCGCGCCUGAGGCGGGUCACGGCCUCAACGCUACGAUUUCAGAGUACCUUAGUAAUAGCCGAACAUGUGAAUGAUACGCUUGCACCCAUUACACUGAAUGCUAUUACUGCAGCCACGCGAGUCGGUGGGGAAGUGUCCUGUUUAGUAGCUGGAACCAAAUGUGACAAGAUAGCCCAAGAUCUCUGCAAAGUGGCCGGUGUAUCCAAGGUCCUAGUGGCUCAGAAUGACGUGUUCAAAGGACUCCUUCCAGAGGAACUGACAUCACUGAUUUUGGCAACUCAGAAGCAGUUCAAUUACACACACAUCUGUGCUGGAGCAUCUGCUUUUGGAAAGAACCUUUUGCCCAGAGUAGCAGCCAAACUUGAUGUUGCCCCAAUUUCUGACAUCAUUCAAAUCAAAUCGCCAGAUACAUUUGUGAGAACUAUUUAUGCAGGGAAUGCCAUAUGUACUGUGAAGUGUGAGGAGAAAGUCAAGGUGUUUUCUAUUCGAGGGACCUCAUUUGAGGCGGCAUCCACAAGUGGGGGGAGUGCCGGCACAGAGAACGCUCCCAGUGCCUCUCCAGUGGGGCUGUCGGAAUGGCUUGACCAGAAACUAUCAAAAAGUGAUCGGCCAGAGCUGACAAGUGCAAAAGUGGUGGUGUCUGGUGGACGUGGUUUGAAGAGUGGGGAGAACUUUAAGCUGUUAUACGACUUGGCGGAUCAGCUCCAUGCUGCAGUUGGCGCUUCCCGUGCUGCUGUUGAUGCCGGCUUUGUAUCCAAUGACCUGCAAGUUGGACAGACGGGGAAAAUUGUGGCCCCAGAGCUGUACAUCGCCGUGGGCAUAUCAGGAGCCAUCCAGCACCUCGCGGGGAUGAAGGACAGCAAGACGAUCGUGGCCAUUAACAAGGACCCAGAGGCCCCGAUUUUCCAGGUGGCAGAUCUGGGAAUCGUCGCGGAUUUAUUUAAGGUCGUUCCUGAGAUGACCGAGAUCCUGAAGAAGAAAUGACGGAGCUGCCGGAGGUCACUGUUUGAGAGGCAGUUACCCCAGAUCACAGAAUCCAUCAGCAGGGCAGGUGCCGCGGGAAGCUGGGACAGCCGAUUUCAGACAAUUUUUUAAAUUCUCCGAGGUGCCAGAAUGUCUUUGGUGGGAAGACCCACGUUUUCUGUUCAUUCUUGGUUCCAAACCUCAUCAAUUUUGAAUGUUUUCUAAUUCUCCAAUAAAACCGAUAAUAAUUCAGCCUGGCA